AUGGACAAAAUUUUAAGUGAAUUAUUAGAGGAGCAUCGCGGCGAUAACGAGACUUUGAGUGAGAAGGAUGAUGUUGAUCCUGAUCAUCAUGAUUUCAUGGAUGUGAUGCUUUCAUUGCUUGAUGGAACAAUAGUUGAAGGAUUUGAUUCUGAUACUACAAUCAAAGACACAAUAUUGGCAUUGAUUGCAGGAGGGGUUGACACAACUAGUCUAAAUCUUACAUGGGGAAUAUAUUUGUUACUGGAAAAUCCUCAUGUAAAGAAAAAAGCAAAAGAAGAACUUGACAUUCGAGUUAGAAAACAAAGUUAUUAUGAAAAUAUGUGA